UCUCGGCGCGGGAAGGGGCAGCUCGCUGCUUGGAGAGGGGAGCGGGGUUGGCCCGGGCUCGCCGUCCCCGAGACGGGUGUGCCCCGAGGGCGCUGCUGGCGUUCGUGUCUCGGGCAGAGGCGGCGGCCAAAAUGAAGUUCAAUCCAUUUGUGACCUCAGACCGCAGCAAGAACCGUAAACGACACUUCAAUGCGCCUUCUCACAUUCGAAGAAAAAUAAUGUCCUCCCCGCUCUCCAAGGAGUUGCGGCAGAAAUACAAUGUCCGCUCUAUGCCCAUCCGAAAGGAUGAUGAAGUCCAGGUUGUCCGGGGACACUACAAAGGACAGCAGAUCGGCAAGGUGGUCCAGGUGUACAGAAAAAAAUAUGUCAUCUACAUUGAACGUGUGCAACGUGAGAAGGCUAAUGGCACAACUGUCCACGUGGGGAUCCAUCCCAGCAAGGUGGUGAUCACUAGGCUAAAACUGGACAAAGAUCGCAAAAAGAUCUUGGAGCGUAAAGCAAAAUCUCGCCAGGUUGGCAAGGAGAAGGGCAAAUACAAGGAAGAAACAAUCGAAAAGAUGCAAGAAUAGAUGGUUUCCUAUUUGACACCAUUAAAGAACUGCUAAAAUUCAA